AUGCCACCUGCCAAACGAGCCAUUUUGGGAUGUCGGGGCGGGCAGCCCGGGCCCCUCAGCGCCGCCCCGCCCGGGCUGGCCCGCAGGGGGCGCUCGGCCGCCUCGGCCGCGCUCAGCGCCCGCCCCGCCCGGCCCGGGGGAACCCGAGGCCGCUCCGGGGGAGCCGUCCGACCUCCUCGGGCCGGGAUGGCGGCGGAGGACGAGGCGGAGCUGAGCCUGCUGGAGUGCCGCGUGUGCUUCGAGCCGUACGGCCCCGACGGGCAGCGGCGGCCGCGCAACCUGCCCUGCGGGCACGUCCUGUGCGGGGGCUGCGUGGGGGCCCUGGGCCGGCGGCGCCUCGAGUGCCCCUUCUGCCGGCGGCCCUGCGGCCCCGCCGAGACCAGCGACUGCCGCCCGCUGCUGCAGCUGCUGGAGCUCCUGGGCCCCGCCGGCCGCCUCGCCCGGGCCCUGGGCGGGAGCGGCGGCCGAGGGGCGGCCGCGCCGGCCCCCGCGGGGCUCGGGCUGCGGCUGUGCCUGGGCGGCUGGGGGUCGCUGGUGAACCCCACCGGGGUGGCGGCCUGCCGCGGCACGGGGCGCCUGGCCGUGGCGCACGACGGCAAGAAGAGGAUCCACGUCUUCGGGCCCGGCGGGUCGUGCCUGCAGCGGUUCGGGGAGCGGGGGGACGCGGGCAACGACGUGAAGUACCCGCUCGACGUGACGGUCACGCCGGACGGGCACGUGGUGGUCACCGACGGCGGGGACCGCUCCGUGAAGGCCUUCGAUUUGGAGGGAAGGGGGGUCCUGGCGGUCCGGGAAGGCUUCCGUUUGCCCUGGGGCUUGGAUGCCACCCCCAAGAGUGAAGUCAUCCUGGCCGACUCGGAGGCAGGCGCUCUGUACCGCCUGACGGCCGACUUCGGAAGGGGGGAAUUGAAGAAGUGUCAGAUGAUCCGGGCUCAGCUCGUCAGCCCCAGAGCGGUCGCGGUCUGCCAGACCUCGGGGGCUGUCGCGGUAAUAGAGCACCUGAAGGCUCAAGGACUGAACAAGGGCAAGGGCAGCACCCGAGUGAAGAUAUUCAGUGCGGAGAUGGAUCUCAUCGGGCAGGUGGAUAGCUUCGGUCUGAACCUCGUAUUCAGCUCCCAAAUAUAUGCUACGGCUGUGGCCUUUGACAAAGAAGGUCGUGUUAUAGUAACGGAUGUGUGUAGCCAGGCCGUGAUAUGUUUAGGGAAACCUGAGGAGUUUCCCAUGUUUAACCCUCUAAUUAGCCAAGGGCUUUCUUACCCUGUCGGACUGACUUACGUGGCAAGUGAUUCCCUCGUCGUUUUAGACAGUGGCGAUCAUUCAAUAAAAAUAUUUAGCACUACCUGAAUGGUUUAGAUGCUUACUGCUACAGGUUUAAGCUGCUUUUGGCCGUAACGCAUGGAAAGUUCUGGUGCUUGUAGGCACAUAGAGAGGAGGUGGUUUCUGGGCUUUAUGGUGAAAUUACUCCCUGAGCAACAUGCUGUGCUUCCUGCAAAACUUAUGUCGGAUCUCUUGCCUGCCUGUUGGGAGAAGAUCUGGCUGUUGCUGGCUGUAGUCAACAAUUAAUCAACCAAACAAAUAACUUGGUAUUUUAAAACUAGCCCAUACCUUGAAAACUAAACGUUUUUCAUCCUUUUUGAUGAGUAAUGAAAGACCAGCACCUGUGAAAAUGAUGCGUCAUCUAUUUACAUUUCCCAGCACACAGUUUUCAUUGUUCUUAAUCAUAUAUACACUCACGGGGUUGACAGAGCUUCUGUUUCCGGGAAUUCCAGCUUUUUUGCUUCCACAAGAAAGGAGUUUGGCUUGACAAAAUGAUAGGAGAAUCGGAAGCUUCCGUUCAAGGUUGCCUAAAUCCAGCUCAGAUCAUUGCAAUGGAGGAGCUGCCACUGAUGAGUGAGUUACGUGGUGUUCAAAGCCUAUUUUUUCCAUACUAGGAAAACACAUUUCUGGGAGCACCCUUCUCUCUGCUAGUUUAGUCCCACCUUGAUUAGGGUUGUACUGGAGCACUGUCUUUCUCUAAAAUGCCCAAAUUGUCUUUACCUAGAGAUAAUCUGGUGUGCGGUUACACAGCUCAGGCAGCUUUCCCUAAAAGCUCCUCGAAGUAAGGGUGUUUAAACCACAAAUCUCCUGCCUAUGUAAAUUUGAGUUGGCUGUGCUGCUAACACAGCUGCACUUAGAAGGUUUUCAAUACUGCCUGCUCCUGCUUUGGCAUUAAUAGGGUGCUUUUGCACCCAAACUGGAGGAUUCAAGUGCAAGUUGAAAUGUUAGUGAGAAGUAAUAGAGAAAGAGGGAAGUUUUUUCUCCUAGGUUCAAAAUGAGGUUUUGUUGAUUGUGAAUACACAGGAGGUUUAGAUCAGUUUAUAUUCUCUUGAAGAGAGUUUCACUGUGGACACAAGUUCUGUUACCUUCUUGCACAGUGGAAAUUACAGUAUAUCUAAAUUAUGCUGAGAAGGAUUAACAUCCCCACUGAAAGUCAC